ACAGACCCCUGUUCGAGCUUCCCGAGAAGGACACCUCAGUACCACAGCUUGCACAGCAGGUCGGUAGAUCACCGUCUGACCAAGACCCCCAAAGCUCGACACCACCUGUCCACUUGUGUGUUGCUCCAAGUUAGACUGCCUCCAACCUUGCUCGCACACUCGGAGCUAGACCGCGGCAGCAGCAUCCGCGAACAGCAGAACAAUCCAUACAAUAUGGCUGUCUCCGCCGAAAAGAUCACACUCUAUAACCUCGCAGACUUGAAGAACACCUCCGACGAUGCGCUGCCCAACUACCUGAACAGCCUGGGACUGAAGCAGUCGCACACCCUGACGGACGUGAGACUGGCCUUGGGGUACUCGGCUUUCCUCGUGGCCGCAGCAUGUUUCCUCUGGGACUACAAGCUUGGCUUCGAAAGCACAAAGUACUACACGGCCGGCGCGGUCGCUGUUUACUCGCUGCUGAAUACAGCCCUGACCCUGUGGAUGUGGCUCAAGGAGAAGGGCAUCGUAUACGUGGGCACCGCGCCGAACGGAGAGACGAUCACGAUCGCGACUCACACCAAGAAGAACAUCCCCGUCUAUAACCUGGCCGUCACCAUCACUCCCAAGACCGGUAGCCCCACCACAAUCAACCUAUCCCGCGCAUUCACAGAGUGGUUCGACGCCGCCGGCCGCUUCGUCGUGACUCCUUUCCAGGCCAUGCUUGCCUCCACCGUUCCUAUGAUCGGCAGCCUGGACCCUAAGAGGGCCAACGUCCCAGCCAGCGAGCCAGCAUCACAGUACACAGAGGAGGAGCUGAGUGCCAUGUUGGCUGCUGCGGGGGCAUCGCCUGACGACACGGCUGAGGCUACUGGGUCGAGCGCCAGGAAGGGAGGCAAGAGGCGGAAAGCGUAGCGCAGCCGGAGGAACUUCGAGCAUGGCGCUGCCUGGAGAUAUUUGGCUGGUUCUCAAAAGAAUAAAUCCACGUGUGCCUGGUAACAGCAUGGGAGAGACUUGACAAGCCGUCCACAAAUAGAAGGUCACAGUACGGGGCUGUUCAAUCCACUUACUUAAACCAGA